CAGGUAGUUAGUACCUGUGUUAGCUAGAAAGAAUCAUCUUUCUCCAAAGUUCCAGUUUUGCAGUGAAGUUACAAAAAGAAGCUACACACUACAUUUCUGUUUAGCUGCAGCACCCCCGUUUGGGGAGGGGGUGGCAUCGAGGGGAGGGCUUUCUUUACAGAAGAAGAAAGGAAUGUGAAUCUAUGUGGGGGAGGGAGGACGCUACCAACAUAAAAAAAACUUUUUUAUUCCCCCCAGUCAAUGCACUUCAACCCGUUCUUUGAACAGGCACUAACCCACAUCUGGAAGGGAAGCUGCUUCAGUAAGUCAUUAUGGAUGCAGUAUUUUGGGGUGUUUUUCGGUGCAUUUGUGAGUAGAAUUUCUAACCCCCCCCCCCUUCGCCACUAAACACCCCCCAUACACUCCCAGGCAGAAAAAAAGAGGUGAAAGUGCAAAAGGAAGUGCAGGCGCUGCCAUUUUUUCUCCUUUUCCAAACCGAUUGUUUUUUUUUUUUUCUGUGUGAAAAAACUAGGAUAGGAGUCUGCCGAGUCGGCUGAAGAGGGAAAGAGCACAUCCCUGAGAGAGGCGACUUAAUCACUGGGUUAUUUUCCUUGUACCGUCUGUAGCUACGGCGGCGCUGAUCGGAUCGCCUGUGGGGGGUCCGGGAGGUGACUAGCAUGGAGCGGAUCAGUGAACAGCCCCAGCCUCAGCCAUGCAUUCCCGGGGGCUCUUAUACGUACCAGGUGAGCCGGCACAGCGCCGAAAUGCUGAGCAACCUGAACCGACAGCGCAAGAGUGGCGGUCGUUUCUGUGAUGUCCUGCUACGUGUGGGCGAAGACAGCUUCCCGGCGCACAAAGCCGUGCUGGCGGCCUGCAGCGAGUAUUUUGAGACUGUGUUCAGUUCACAGCCAGAUACAGGGGAAAACAAGGAACUAGAAAUGCACACAAUAAGCUCAAAGGUGUUUAGAGACAUUCUGGAUUUUGCCUAUACUUCACGUAUUGUGGUGCGUUUGGAGAGUUUUCCGGAGUUACUAACAGCCGCCAAAUUCUUACUUAUGAGGUCAAUAAUUGACAUUUGCCAGGAGGUUAUAAAACAGUCUAACGUUCAGAUUUUGGUGCCACCUCCACCUGUAAGAGGUGAUAUGAUGUUGUUCCGGGCAGGGACUGCAGUUACUGAUCUGGGCUUCCCUUUGGACAUGACCAAUGGACCAGGAUUGGGUGGCACUGCUGGUUCUGGAAUGGGCCAUCCUCAAGAUGGAGACCUCCCACGUUCAGCUGUCCCCCCAAUGGCUACUUCUAGUCCAUCUGUCUUGCCAGCAUUGCCAUCUGUAGAUCGGCUACCUGCAGUGCUGCCACCAGGAUCUCCACAGUUGUCCUCAAGCUCAUUUCACAGUGUGGUUGGCAGCACUUCAGGGGGCUCAAGCAAAAGAGGCAGGGGGCGACCUAGAAAAAUGCUUGGUAUGGACUGCAUGAUGUUUGGAAGCUCAAGCCUCCCAAGGGAGACUGGUGUUUUUCCCUGUGGACUUUGUGGAAAAAUUUUCACUGAUAGCAGCCGUCUACGGAACCAUGAAGCGCAACAUAAUGUCACCAGCUUGCAGCUGGGCUUUGGAGACAGCCAGCAAAACAGACUGGGGGAUAAUGGAAUGCCUGCUAUGGACGAAACCCCUCGAAAAAGAGGGCGAGUAAGGAAGCAAGUGGGCUGUGAAGUUUGUGGAAAAAUCUUUCGUGAUGUAUACCAUCUGAACAGACACAAGCUGUCACACUCUGGUGAAAAACCAUACUCAUGUCCUGUCUGUGGACUGAGGUUCAAACGAAAGGAUCGUAUGUCAUACCAUGUUAGGUCCCAUGAUGGAUCAGUAGGAAAACCCUAUGUCUGUCAGAACUGUGGAAAAGGUUUUUCUAGGUAAGCC